AUGCGUGCUCUUCAAUCACUUGGUGUCAAUCACACUGGGUUGUCACGUCUACUCUCAAUUCGUUUGUAUCGCCAGUUUAUUCGUCCACAAUUUGAGUAUGGCCUGGCAAUAUCCUGCUUCAACAUUAAACAAGUUGCUGUGCUUGAAAAGGCCCAGAACACAUGCUUACGCAUGAUUUUUGGAGGUCACUCCACAUCUUCUACAUGUGUUUUCCGUCACCUUGGGAAUCUUCCUAGCAUGAGGGAGAGGAUCUUGACUCUUGGUUUCAAGUUUGUAUAUCGUGCUUUCUGGUUGCCUGAUGAGGCUCUGUUUACUCUUCUUCGACCUGUUCUUACAAACCCAGCACACCAAUGGUUUAAGCUUUUAGCUAAUCCCAUUUGGUUGUCUCUCUCCAAUCGUCAGAAUGCUGAUUCUAAAGCUUGCAAGCAUGCCAUUCAUUCAUUUUUGAACCAGGACCUCUCCUUGCAACGCUCUCAACAAAUACUUCUCUCUGCUUGCCGUCCUUCUCUUGGUGUUGACCCUAUUCUCUGGCUUCCCAUGACUAACUAUAAACGUAGUAGAUUCAUACGUUGGCGUAUGGGGUGGCUUCCUGGACGUCCUCAACCUUGUUCCUGUGGAUUGCAUACCACCAGCCGUCAUCAUGUCAUUGAGUGCACUGGAGCUGCAAUUCGUCUCCAUCUCUAUUCUACAGUACAACCCAAUCCUAUUGAUUAUGUACUCAAUAUGCUGCCUCUGAAGAAACUUAAAAACAACAAGAACAAUGCCUUCUGGAUCUUUACUUGGCCAAUUCUUUGUAGAAUAAUGUUGGACAUAGAACAGAUCUGUCUCCCUGGGGUUGAUCUUGCUGAUCAUGCUGCAAUAGACAGAGGACAACUCUUCUUGAACUGGCUACCCAAAUGA